AUGUCUAACCUCCCUUCCGAGCCCGAAUUCGAGCAGGCCUACAAGGAGCUGGCCAGCACCCUCGAGGACAGCAGCCUCUUCAAGGAACACCCCGAAUACCGCACCGCUCUGCAGGUCGCCGCCAUUCCCGAGCGAGUGAUCCAGUUCCGCGUCACUUGGGAGGACGACAAGGGCCAGCUCCGCGUCAACCGGGGAUACCGCGUGCAGUUCAACUCUGCUCUCGGCCCGUACAAGGGCGGUCUUCGAUUCCACCCUACCGUCAACUUGUCCAUUCUCAAGUUUCUCGGAUUUGAGCAAAUCUUCAAGAAUGCUCUGACUGGCCUGAGCAUGGGCGGUGGAAAAGGAGGCGCCGACUUCAAUCCCAAGGGCAAGUCUGACAACGAGAUCCGCCGUUUCUGCCAGGCCUUUAUGCGCGAGCUGUCUCGACACAUUGGCGCCGACACCGACGUUCCCGCCGGCGACAUUGGCGUCUCUGGCCGCGAGAUUGGAUAUCUGUUUGGAGCCUACCGCCAGGCGAGGAACAAGUUUGAGGGUGUCCUGACCGGAAAGGGGCUGAGCUGGGCUGGCAGUUUGAUUCGACCUGAGGCCACUGGGUACGGGUUAAUUUAUUAUACGGAGUCGAUGCUUCAGUACGCUGGCAAGGGCUCUCUCGCCGGCAAGCGUGUCGCCAUCUCGGGAUCGGGAAAUGUUGCUCAGUAUGCUGCCCUCAAGGCCAUUGAGCUGGGCGCCACCGUCGUCUCGCUGUCCGACUCCAACGGCGCGCUCAUCGCCCCUGAUGGCGAAUCCUUCCAGCCGGAGCACAUCAAUGACAUCGCGGGACUUAAGGCCGAGCGCCGGCCCCUGACCGACUUCCAGUACGGCGACAAGUUCAAGUACUACCACGGCGCCAGGCCUUGGAUCCACGUCGGCAAGGUGGACAUUGCGCUGCCCUCGGCGACGCAGAACGAGAUCAACAAGGCCGAGGCCGAAGCCCUCAUUGCCGGCGGAGUCCUUGUCGUCGCAGAAGGAUCCAACAUGGGCUGCACCCAGGAGGCCAUCGACCUGUUCGAGGCCCAGAGGAAGGAAAAGGGUCAGGUCUGGUACGCACCUGGAAAAGCUGCGAAUUGCGGCGGUGUCGCCGUGUCUGGUUUGGAGAUGGCGCAGAACAGCCAGCGCCUGACCUGGACCGAGAAGGAGGUGGACGACAAGCUCAAGGACAUUAUGAAGAACGCCUUCCAAGCCGGCCUCGAGACGGCCCAGAAGUACGUCCCUGCCAAGGAGGGCGAGCUGCCCAGCUUGGUUGCCGGCAGCAACAUUGCUGGCUUCAUCAAGGUCGCUGAGGCAAUGCACGACCAGGGUGACUGGUGGGCUUGA